UUAGAUUCCACACGCGCCAGAUUGGAUGGUGGCCUAAGUAGGUGCUUUUCUAUCUUGGGGAAAAUUUUUUUUGAUCCGCACUUUUCUCUGCAUUUCGAAUUGGAAAUUAAAUCAAGCGAUCACCAAAGGAAAGCAAGAUUAACAUAUAAUCAAGAAGCCACUCAUCGACUUGGUUUUCCCCAUUGUUAUAUGUUGGACCUCGUAGACUGUAAUAAACAAGCGCUCUUUCUGUUUUGAUUUGAGAUUUUCAUCUCAUGCAGUGCAAAGUCUGACCUUUCUUCGCAAAGGGGUGCAGCCAUCAUGCAGAGAAGCCAAUCCAGUGCACACAGCAUGUUUUGUCCUCGGAUUUUCAUGUACGUGUACCGUACAUCUGCAGAAUCAAAACACCAGUGAAGUCCUGAUUAUCAUUGAAAACUUCUUAAAUCAAAGGAUUAUCGAGCUCAUUAGCUUAUGACUGAGAAAUGUUUUCUUCUCUUCUUUGGAGCACGUUAUGGUGUAGAUGUACGUGUGGAUAAACAAAAUCAAUACACAUUCUGUUUAUUAUAUUAUAUUUGUCAUCUUAAUAGCCUGCAGCUUCAAUGCUACUGUAUCUCCAAAAGCAGAUUGCAAUUAUGAGAAUGAAAUUAUGUCAACGCUAUAUUUGUCUCUGCUUGUUCUUGGUAAUUUUCAUUUGGACGAUACUCAAUCUUAUGACGCUAUUUUUCUCCGGAGACAUGAAGUCUAAAGUCUUAAACGAUUUCGAUGAUGAGAGCCACAUUUCCGAUUCUGUCGGAGGUUCCGACAAUGAUCAAGAUGUUAAUGAAGUGGGAAUUGUUCUGAAUAACGAGGAUUCAAAGUUGAUAGAGCAUGGAUAUACGAAACAUGCGUUCAAUCUCUUGAUUAGUAAACGGCUUGGAUUGCACCGUCAAAUCAAGGACACUAGGCACGAACGGUGUCAAUUAAAAACAUAUUCACCAGAUCUCCCAUUCGCAAGCAUCAUUAUUUGUUUUCACAAUGAAGCUUGGACUGUCCUGCUUAGAACAUUACACAGUGUGCUAGACAGAACAUCAGAAUACUUACAGGAAAUAAUUUUAGUCGAUGAUUUUAGUGAUAUUACAUACUUGAAGCAUGAGCUUGACAAUUAUAUUUCAAAUUACCCAAAAAUUAGAAUUAUUAGAGCUAAAAAAAGAGAGGGACUCAUACGUGGAAGAAUGAUUGGAGCGAAUGCAGCUCUAGGACAAGUUUUGGUAUUUUUAGAUAGUCACUGUGAAGUAAAUGUCAACUGGUUGCCACCUUUGCUGGAGCGUAUCAAGUUGGACCGUCACACUGUUGUUUGUCCAGUAAUUGAUAUUAUAAGUGCCGAUACAUUUGAAUAUAAAGCAUCUCCAGCAGUGAGAGGAGGAUUUAACUGGGGCCUUCAUUUUUCUUGGGACCAACUGUCACCAGCGUCAUUCAAAAGCUCUGAAGACCAUGUAAAGCCUAUUAGGUCUCCUACCAUGGCUGGUGGUCUUUUUGCUAUUGACAAAGAGUAUUUUCACUAUCUUGGUGACUAUGAUCCAGGCAUGGAAAUCUGGGGAGCAGAAAAUUUAGAAAUUUCAUUCAGAAUAUGGAUGUGUGGAGGGCAAUUGGAAAUAAUUCCAUGUUCUCGUGUUGGUCAUAUUUUUCGCCGUCGAAGACCAUAUGGUUCAGACUCAAAAGGAGACACAAUGGCUCAAAACUCCAUACGACUUGCCGAAGUGUGGUUGGAUGAAUACAAGAAGUACUUUUAUGAUGUCCGCAAAGAUCUAAUUGGAAAAUCAUUUGGUAACAUAACAAGUAGAUUAAACCUGAGGAAAAGACUUAAUUGCAAGUCUUUCAAGUGGUAUUUAGAAAAUAUCUACCCAGAGAUGUUGUUUCCUAAUAAAAGAUCUGAAAAGAUAGUCCAUCUUCCACAAAGGAGGAAUCCAGCUACUGUAUGGAAAGGAAAGUUGCAGUCAAUUGGACGGCAAGGAUACUGUUUGGACAGUCCUGGCCAGUCAAGUCAGAAAAGAGCACAGGUGGUGCUUCAUAACUGUGAUGAAAUUAAUUCUAAGUAUUGGUCAUUUAAUGAAGACAGAGAACUAAAACUUGAUGGCUUGUUGUGUUUGGAGGCUUCCAUUGUACGAGUUAAGAAAAGUAUCAGGAUUAUGAAAUGCCAUGGCCAGGGAGGAGAUCAGGAAUGGAAGUAUAUGAAGAACAAGAAUCUUCUUUAUCAUGCAUCAACUGGUUUGUGCCUGACUCUAGGUGAUGGAUUUAAUAUUGAAAUGGGAAUUUGUAAAAAGAAUGAAGAAAAGCAAAAAUGGAAAUUUGUUUAUUAAAGCAACAUACAGUAAGGAUAGAGGCAACUUAAAAUUCAUCUAUCAAUAAUCAUUAUCGGAAAAAUGUUUUCUAGAAAAUAUCCCCUUUUCUAAUGCAGAAUCUUUCACACGAAAUCAUUUUCUUUUAAAUAAAUAUUUUUGAAAAAUUUGAAAGAGUUUUUAAAAGAUAAGUUGGACAGCAAUAAUGGCCAGCCCUAUAUAUAUAAAUUAUACACAUAUUUAUCAUAUGACCUGUAUAUGCCCGGGCGCACAUGCUCUUAAAAAUGAUAUUAGCAGGGCCAUACGGCUUUGAGCAAGCAGGGCCGUAUGAAUCCAUACGGCCCUGCUCAAAACCUGCAACUGUAUUGACAUAAUUUGACAUAACUUUUAAAAUAUCUUUUUUAUUUAGGGUCAUAUAAUAAAAUGCUUAUCGACUAAGUUAGGUCGGGCAGUACAGGAAAAUAUUUGGCUCUCGGUUAUUUGUACAGACCUUGCUGUGCUCAGUCCAUACAGCAUCACCUCAAGCCAAAUAUUUUCCUGUAUGGCCCUCCCACUCAGUCAAGAAAUACAUAGUAUGCAAUGCCAGUCUACAAUCUUUGAAAAAAAAGUUUAGUUGCAAAAAUGGAAAAUUUGAAAGUAAACUCUUUUUUCUGAUCAAUCAAAUAUCUUGUGAUGUGAAUCUUGUGUGAUAUAGGUCUAUUAUAUAAGCAUGACAUUAUGUCCUCUUUGUCAUAUAUAGGUUGUGUAGCAGCUCAAAACAGAUGGUGAUGGGGAGGGGGUCAAGGUUUCUUACAGCCCCCAACCCCCCAUCCAUUUUUGGCUACUACACAGGCUAUAGCCGUUUGUGCACAAUGAUCCACACAGAAUAUUCAUAUCAAGAUUUAUAAAUAUAAUCUGCUCUGGCUGUAAGGAUUGCAUUCUUGAGGUAAAUAAAUGCACAUUCACUUUU